AAUAAAGACACAUUUGUAAGUAAAGAAGACGCAGGCAAACAGUGGUAAAAAAAGUUAGAUGUUAUGUUUAGCUGUCAAUAAAAAUUUUCUAGAAAUUGUGUUGUGAUUGUGUGAAAAUUGGUUUUUUUACUAAACCAUGGCUGCAUCGGAACAAGUUGGUUUAAAUAAAACAUGGGAAUUAUCAUUAUACGAAUUACAUAGGACCCCCCAAGAUCCAAUUGUCGACAAUACAGAAAUAGCUGUAUCGCCUCGAAGUUUACACAGUGAAUUAAUGUGUCCAAUAUGCUUGGAUAUGUUGAAGAAAACUAUGACUACGAAAGAGUGUUUACAUCGAUUCUGUUCGGAUUGUAUUAUAACAGCUUUGCGAUCAGGUAAUAAAGAGUGUCCUACUUGUCGAAAAAAGUUAGUUUCGAAACGAUCGCUACGUGCUGAUCCUAAUUUUGAUUUACUUAUAUCAAAAAUAUAUCCAAGUCGUGAUGAAUACGAAGCACAUCAAGAACGAGUGCUUGCAAAAUUAAACAAAAGUCACUCACAAGCUGCGCUAGUUAAUUCCAUCGCCGAAGGUAUUAAAUUACAGUCACAAAAUCGUCCACAAAGAAGUCGUAAAGCAAACGAUGAAGCUACUACCAGUGCAAAUAACACCGCACCAACGACUAAUGGUAAUAACGAAAAUGGAACAUCUGAAAAUAAUAAAAAUGGCACGACACCUGCGGCUCCUGCAAAUCCUGUCCCUCCUACACCAGUGUCUCAAGCACCUCCACCGGUUACAACUACUAAAAACGAUACAGAGCCUUUACCGCAACAGCCUCUAGUAUCAAGGCCUUUAUCGACACCUUCACCGGCUCCAUCAAAUCAAAGUACAACUAGUAAAGCUACAGCUACUCGAGCUCCAUCAUCACGAUCAAUUGUUACAUCAGAGUCGGAUUCAAGUGGUGAAGGUCGAUCUGAAGUUGAUACAACAGAUGCUGAAGGCAAUGAGCCGAUCACUUUAAGUGAAAUUGAAUUGGUGUUUAAACCGCACCCUGUUGAAAUGGCGAACGAUAUUCAAGUAAUUAAAGCUUUGAAGGAGAAUCCAAUUAGAUAUUUAAAAACUACUGCAAAUGCUACAGUGGAUCAUUUAAGCAAAUAUUUGGCAAUGAGACUUACAUUGGAUUUGGAUUCCGAAUUACCAGAAACGUAUCGUUUAUUAAAUUUCUGUAUUUACAUUGCACCAACGCCAGAUCAAUUUGUUGUUUUAAGUGGGAACCAAACAUUACGACAGGUCAAUGAUAAAUUCUGGAAGGUCAACAAACCAUUAGAAAUGUAUUAUUCGUGGAAGAAAACAUAGGGUUAAAUUAAAUUUAGGUUUUUUAUUUAAGUAUUACAGAUUUUUUUUUUUAUAUUGAAAUU